AUGCCUCUCGCUGCACCUUCCUUCUUCGAACGCGUGCUAGCGCGCUUCGCUCUCGGCUUCAGGGGUGUCGCCGACACUUCUGAGCAACUGACGCGUGCUUGGAAACACCUUCCUCGAAACGACAAAUCCAGGCCGCCAAUGAGGGCGCGACUGCUUCCAUUCAGAGCAGCAUGCGAUCCUCCGGGAAAAGCGUUGGGCGUCACCCGUCGCACGCCAGCUUCUGCACCUCUUCAAUGCAUCGCCAAGCGACCAUGGCUCUGGACGCAAACACGGAAUGCUAAAACAAAAAGCACCAUCAAAGCAAGCGAACUCACACAAGGCGCUCUGUCGCCACUGCCACCUGAUGAGGUUGCUGUGCAGCCGGAGAAGAGCUACCCGACAGUUCUGCAACAGCACCUUAACAAUGUUCGAAAGUUCAAAGAUUGCGUCGUGCUCACACGAGUUGGCGACUUCUACGAGAUGUACUUCGACCAGGUCGAACAAUUUGCUCCUUUAGUGAACCUCAAAGUUGCCAAAAGGGCAACAACGCUAGGGGACGUGCCCAUGGCUGGGUUUCAGCAUACCCAGCUUGAGCGAUAUCUCAAGAUGUUUGUACAGGACCUGGGACAGCAAGUGGCAAUCUCUGAGCAGAUACCCAUCUCAGAAAGUGAGCGAAACAGUAAGAACGGCACUAUGCUAUUCGAUCGACGAGUCACCAGAGUCGUUACUGCUGGAACACUUAUCGAUGAAAGCUUCAUGGACCCGUUCGAGAACAAUUACUUGCUCGCAAUACAUUUUGGAGGCGCACUUCCUGCUGCCCAUGUUGUCGUCGACGAUAGAGCAGCGUAUGAAAAGUACAGACGAAACAUGAAGGUAGGCUUGAGUUGGGUUGACCUCUCCAGCGGCGACUUCUUUACGCAAGUGUCCGAUCUGGCGACUCUGCCUUCCAUCACUGCGCGCAUAGGUCCGAGAGAGGUGGUCCUCGACCAAGCUUUGCAAUCUGCAGAUCAGUCCAACCUUCAGCGCCUCAUCAGCGACGCCAACCUACCAAUGCACUUCCAUCCUGCACCCAGGCCAGUAACUCCUUUGGAAGACUGGACUCCUAUGCUAGAGCGCGCGAUACCGGAAAAGAAGCAAGCGGACUUCACUGCAUUUGAAGUGGCAGCAGGUAGCUUACUGCUAGACUAUGUUCGUCACAAACUGCUCGAUAUCAAGAUUCAGCUGUUACCUCCAGUGCGCAGGACAGAUGACGACUACAUGGCGAUUGACAAGCAGAGUCUGCGUAAUCUUGAAAUUCGCUCCACACUUCGAGAAGGUGCGACCCAGGGAAGUCUGCUGCAUGCCAUCCGACACACCGUCACCAAAAGUGGUGCUCGCCUGUUGAGUCAACGGCUCGUCUCGCCAUCAAUGUCUUUGACUGUCAUCAAUGAUAGAUUGGAUCUUGUCCAGGAAAUGCUGAGUUACGACUCUUUGCGCGAAGACAUAGUAGCUCUUCUGCGGCAAACACAUGAUACAUUUCGUCUCAUGCCGAAGUUUACCGCUGGCAAAGGUGACGCGGACGAUCUGCUCGCGCUUGCCAGAACUAUCGACAUAAUGCAGAAGUUGUCUUCGCUCCUACAUCAGCACAUAGUCGAUAAUCAAGAUCGGCUUAUGCACGAGGACAGCAAUUAUGCAUCCCAAGAUCUAACCUUUCUCUGGGACAUCCUUGGACGUCUAGAUCUGGACACGCCUGGAAAGGCUGCUGAGAAGAUCAAGAGUGCCAUUGAUGAAGAUGGCUUGAGCAGGAAACAUUCUGUCGAUGAAGCGGCUGGCAUCGAGGCCGAGGGAAUGGCCGACGAAGUCAUCUCUGCAGAAGCUGCUGGCGAGAAAGGCCCUAGUCUCACUCGGCGUCGCUCGAAGGCUGCAUCAGCAGACAAGAACGCUGACAUGAAUUCUGGCGAGAUUUGGAUAAUGCGUCGUAAUGCGUCUUCCACCUUGGAACGCGCCCACAGGGAUAUCGACCAGCUCAUGGAAGCCAAAUCAGAGCUCGCGCAGAAGUUGCGCAAAAAUCUACAGUCUGAGAGUCUCAGUCUGAAAUGGAGUUCCCAGCUUGGUCACUUCUGCCAUAUCAAAGGCCGAGAUGCCAAAGGCACAUUAGCAACCCUCGAAGGCGCUCGGAUCAUUGGCUCGACGAAAAGCACGAAGUCAUUCUAUCUUCCACAAUGGACCCAACUCGGCGUCCUCAUCGACGACGCCAAAAACCGCAUCCGCACAGAAGAACUUCGCGUUCUCACCAAACUCCGCGCCGAAGUCCUCGAAAACCUCGUCAAACUCCGCCGCAACGCCUCUGUCCUCGACGAACUAGACGUAGCCUGCUCCUCCGCGCACCUGGCCAAAGAACGCAACCUCGUCCGACCCAUCCUCAACACCUCCACGACCCACAACAUCAUCUCCGGCCGCCACCCAACCGUAGACGCCAGCCUCACCUCCCAAGGCCGCAGUUUCACCUCCAACAACUGCACAGUCGGCUCUCCAACAAAUAAAAUCUCCCUCAUUACAGGCCCCAACAUGGCAGGCAAAAGUACUUACCUCCGCCAAAACGCCCUCAUAACGAUCCUCGCCCAAACAGGCUCUUUCGUCCCGGCAACUUACGCCGAACUCGGCCUCGUAGACAAACUCUUCAGCCGUGUAGGUUCAGCCGACAACCUCUAUCAAGACCAAUCAACCUUUAUGAUCGAAAUGCUCGAAUCGGCUGAAAUCCUCAAACAAGCUACCCCGAGGUCGUUUGUUAUUAUGGAUGAAGUCGGAAGAGGUACGACGCCUGAAGAUGGGAUCGCAGUAGGUUAUGCUUGUUUACAUCAUUUGUUUUAUGUGAAUCAAAGCAGGACACUGUUUGCGACGCAUUUUCAUGUAUUGGCCGAUAUGACGAGGGAGUUUGAGGGGUUGGAAUGUUAUUGUACGAGUGUGGUGGAGAAAGAUGAUGGCAGUUGGGUUUAUGCGCAUCAGUUGAGGAAAGGGGUUAAUCGGGAUUCGCAUGCGUUGAAGGUGGCGAGGUUGGCGGGGUUGCCGGAGAAGGCGAUUGAGGUUGCUGGAGAGAUUUUGGGGGAGUUGCAGAGGGAGAAAGGGAGGCGAGGAGAGAGGCGUGUGGUGGAAGGGAAGGAUAUUGAGGGUGCGGUUGGCGCAGGCACGGGAUAG